GACAAUACUAUGUUAGUACUUCUCUUAUUAUUACUCUUAUCUUUUUUUAGUUUUGACAUUGAUGGAAUACAAGAAAGAGAUGCUACUAUUCAAGCUAUACCUGAUUUUAGAUCACCCAAACGAAUAGGCUUUUCUGCUGUUGGUGGAGGAUCUUCUCAUUUUUAUUGGGUAUUAGAAAUCCUACAAAAACUUGAAGACCAAGGUCAUGAUACCUUUCUUUUCACAAGAGGAGCUUGUCUUAAUUAUGCAAAGGAUUAUCCCAAGGUUGAAACUCAAGUGGUAGGAGGCGAUCUCAACAUGUUAGAAGCUGGUGAUACCCCAAAGCCAUUCAAAAACCAUCUUCAACAUAAUAAACCUAAUCCUCAUCGAUUCAUCACUGGCCUCAUGCCUGUUUUACUUCGAAAUUACUCAAAUGAAUUCCUUGAAUAUGAACAGGUGAUCAAGCAUCAAAAAUUAGAUCUGAUGAUUUGUGAUAUGUUUGCUUUUGCCUGUAUGGAUGCUACUGUCAAAGCUAAUAUCCCUCUUGUCAUUAGUUCAACUCUGGCCUACACCUCAGAUGCAAGAACAAGCUAUGUCACCAAUGAAAUUCCUUCCUUUUAUAAACCAACAACAGAAACAGCUAGCAUUUAUGAAAGACUAAGGUAUCUUUUUUACAAGUAUUACCUUGUGUACAAGAUGAAGCGACUUGGAUUACCAGCCCAUCAAUUUCAAAAACAACAUGGUAUUCCUUUGACGGUUAAUUUACAUGACGGCAAUGUACGAGGUGCUUUCAAGUUAGUCAACAACAUGUUUGGAUUGGAAGCUGCUCGACCUUUGGGACCUCUGGUGAACAUGAUGGGACCUAUUAUGAAACACAAAUACGAUGCUUUGACACCUGAACUUGACCAGUUUUUAAACACACAUCAACGUGUGGCCUACGUUGCAUUUGGGCAGCACGCUAAACCUACCAACGAUGACACGAUAUACCUCUUGGAAUCACUCAUUUACUGUUUGGAAAAUGAUCUUCUCGAUGGGGUCAUUUGGGCCACAUCCGAUAGGCAUCCUCUUCCUUCCGUACCAAGUCAAUAUCAUCCAAUGAUUCUAGUCACUGGUUGGGCCCCACAGUUCGCCAUUCUUCAACAUCCAUCGACUCGACUGUUUGUGACUCAUGGUGGUGCAGCCUCUGUGCAUGAAGCGUUAUUUUCAAAAGUACCUUUGUUUGUGUUUCCCUUUUUCGGUGAUCAACCUCUCACGGCGCGCAUGGUGCAACAACUACAUCUGGGUGAUACGAUCGAUACUGCCGGCAUUCAAUAUACAACACAUGUACGCAAGGAACUGACUCAUCGUAUGCAACAUGUCUUGACCGAUCCUUCCAUUCAACAUACCGUACGCCAUUUUGGGAACGCACUACAAGUCCAAUCCCUGCAUAGUGUACAGCGUGGUGCUGAUCUGAUUGAAGAAGUACUGUUUUCUGCUAUCAAUGGCCAGUUACUACAUCGACAAGAUGUUGGCUAUCGAAUUCACUGGUUCAAACGAUACAAUACUGACUUGGUUCUCAUCCUGAUGACUAUUUUGGGCGUCGUGACUUGGAUCGUAUGUAAGUUGAUGAUAAGAUCUCUCAACUCUUCUUACAAAGUGAAAACGCUUUAGUUAGUAUAGUUUUAUUUAGUUUAAUAAUAGUAUCGAUCUUACUUUAUUUUACAAUAUUGAAAUAAAUCCC